AUGUCGAACCCACUCGAUACCGACGCUGGCUCUGAGCUCUUUGGCUCCUACGAGGCAGAGCUGAAGCUUGUUCAGGCCGAUCUUCAGCAAAAGAUAGACCAGAUCCCCGAGCUGUCGGGCGAGCCCCGGAAAGCCGCCCUCUCCCAGGCCGAACGAGCAGCUGAAGAGGCCGAUGAGAUUCUUGGACAGAUGCGUCUAGAGAAGCAAAAUAUCCCGACAUCGGCGAGGGCGAAGGUGAACCAGCGUUUCCGCAACUUCGAAUCAGAUAUCGACGCCGCGAAGCGCAAGCUCGCCAAUCUAUCUUCGGACCGAUCCGCCCUUUUCGGCUCCAGAUACACUGAUGACCCGGCUGGCUCCUCGGACGCUCAUCUGGAGCAGCGCCAGCAGCUCCUGUCCGGGACGGACCGUCUCGAGCGCAGCAGUCAGCGCCUCAAGUCGAGCAUGGCGCUGGCCAACGAAACAGAGGAAAUCGGCGCCGGCACACUUGCAGACCUCAACAGGCAACGCGAGACCAUCAAUCACACCCACGAUGUGCUGUUGCAAAGCGAGGGCUACGUCGACAGGAGCAUCAAGACUUUGCGGGGGAUGGCUCGUAGGAUGGCUACCAAUCGGGUGAUUACUAUCGCCAUCAUUACCGUCCUCGUCAUUCUCAUCAUUGCGGUUGUAUACAGCAAGUUCAGGUGAUUUUAAGUGGGUUUGCUUGUUUGGCGUUCCGGACUCU